GGGGGCGGGGCGGGUAUAUAUAGUGCGCGGCCGGGGCGGCGGCCUCCCCCUUGUCCCCCGGCCGCCGUCGGAGCUGUGUGCGCAGUGCGUGUGCUCCGGACACCCGGACACGCCGGCCCGGCCCCGCCGCACCAUUUAUUACUAAAAAUAUUUAAAAAGCCAAAAAAAAUCCAAAAAUCCUAAAAAACCUUUAAAAAAAAAUAAUCCUUCCUUCUUCCACCUCCCGUCAACCUUCUGCAACCGGCCGGUUUGAUAUAAAAUAACCCGGUGAAGCGAAGCCCCCGGACCCGGCGCAGCCGAGAGGAGACACAGAGCGAGCCCGACCCCCGCCGAGGCCAACAGCAACCGCCGCCACCUCCGCCAGGCCCGGCACGGAGUGAGCCAGACCCCCCGCCCCUUCCAUCCGCCGCCGCCGCGCAUCCGCCUCCCGCCGCCGACAAGUUUCGACUCCGUCUCCGGAGUGCCCCCUCCGCCGCGCCGCCACCGCCGGCCCCUGCCCUCACGGACCGCCGGGCCGCCGCGGCCUCCUCGCCUCGUCAGCGCCCCCCCCUUGCCCUCCCGCGUCGGGAGACGGCGGCAGGAUGAACCCCAGCGCCCCCAGCUACCCCAUGGCCUCCCUCUACGUGGGGGACCUGCACCCCGACGUGACGGAGGCCAUGCUCUACGAGAAGUUCAGCCCUGCCGGGCCCAUCCUCUCCAUUCGCGUCUGCAGGGACAUGAUCACCCGCCGGUCGCUCGGCUACGCCUAUGUCAACUUCCAGCAGCCCGCCGACGCUGAACGAGCUUUGGACACAAUGAACUUUGAUGUCAUUAAAGGCAAACCAGUGCGCAUCAUGUGGUCUCAGCGCGAUCCAUCUCUACGUAAAAGUGGUGUAGGAAACAUCUUCAUCAAAAACUUGGACAAAUCAAUUGAUAACAAAGCUUUGUAUGACACAUUUUCUGCUUUUGGAAACAUCCUGUCUUGUAAGGUGGUGUGUGAUGAAAAUGGAUCCAAGGGCUAUGGAUUUGUACAUUUUGAGACACAAGAAGCUGCAGAAAGAGCUAUUGAAAAAAUGAAUGGUAUGCUGCUUAAUGACCGCAAAGUAUUUGUUGGAAGGUUUAAAUCCCGCAAGGAGCGUGAGGCAGAGCUUGGAGCCAGAGCAAAGGAAUUCACCAAUGUUUACAUCAAGAAUUUUGGAGAAGACAUGGAUGAUGAGAGACUGAAGGAACUCUUUGGCAAGUUUGGUCCUGCCCUAAGUGUGAAAGUUAUGACCGAUGAGAGUGGAAAAUCGAAAGGCUUUGGCUUCGUUAGUUUUGAAAGACAUGAAGAUGCCCAAAAAGCUGUAGAUGAGAUGAAUGGGAAAGAGCUCAAUGGGAAACAAAUCUAUGUUGGCCGGGCUCAGAAAAAGGUGGAAAGACAGACGGAGCUGAAGCGCAAGUUUGAACAAAUGAAGCAGGACAGGAUCACCAGAUACCAGGGUGUAAACCUUUAUGUGAAAAAUCUUGACGAUGGGAUCGAUGAUGAGCGUCUUCGAAAAGAAUUCUCCCCGUUUGGUACAAUCACUAGUGCAAAGGUCAUGAUGGAAGGUGGCCGCAGCAAAGGAUUUGGAUUUGUAUGCUUUUCAUCACCAGAAGAAGCCACCAAAGCUGUUACAGAAAUGAAUGGUAGAAUUGUGGCUACUAAACCAUUAUAUGUAGCUCUAGCUCAGCGUAAAGAAGAGCGCCAAGCUCAUCUCACCAACCAGUAUAUGCAGAGAAUGGCGAGUGUAAGGGCAGUACCUAAUCCUGUAAUCAACCCGUACCAACCAGCACCUCCUUCAGGUUACUUCAUGGCAGCUAUCCCACAGACUCAGAACCGUGCUGCAUACUAUCCUACUAAUCAACUUGCUCAGCUUGCUAGACCUAGUCCUCGCUGGACUGCUCAGGGUGCCAGACCUCAUCCAUUCCAAAACAUGCCUGGUGCUAUCCGCCCAGCAGCGCCCAGACCACCGUUUAGUACCAUGAGACCAGCUUCUUCACAGGUUCCACGAGUCAUGUCAACACAACGUGUUGCUAAUACAUCAACACAAACAAUGGGUCCACGUCCUGCAGCAGCAGCUACUGCAGCUACUCCUGCUGUACGCACAGUACCACAAUACAAAUACGCUGCAGGUGUUCGUAAUCCUCAGCAACAUCUUAAUACACAGCCACAGGUUGCCAUGCAGCAGCCUGCUGUCCAUGUGCAAGGUCAGGAACCCUUGACUGCUUCCAUGUUGGCUUCUGCCCCUCCACAAGAACAAAAGCAGAUGUUAGGUGAACGUCUAUUUCCUCUCAUUCAAAGCAUGCACCCUACUCUGGCGGGUAAGAUCACUGGUAUGUUGUUGGAGAUUGACAACUCUGAACUCCUCCACAUGCUCGAGUCUCCUGAGUCUCUUCGUUCGAAGGUUGAUGAAGCUGUAGCCGUACUACAAGCCCACCAAGCUAAAGAGGCUGCUCAAAAGGCAGUUAAUAAUCCCACUGGGGUUCCAAGUGUUUAGUAAUAUUGGUUUUGUUUGCAGGAAGAUCCGGGACUACAAUCUAGAACUUCGCUUCACCGAAGAAAAAAAAAAAUCUAAACAUGGAAAAACUAUUAAAUAUUGAGAAAAACAUUGCAAAAUAUAAAAUAAAUAAAAAAAGGAAAGGAAACUUUGAAGCUUAUGUACAGAGCAACGCCGGGGCUAGUAAAACAAGUGCUAGUCCUAGAUUACUUACUGAUUUAAAAUUUAAAAAAAAAAUAGUAAAAUAAAAAAUACAAAUUAAUGUUUUAUAAACCCGGGGGAAAAGAAUUUUCAACACAGUACAAAAAUUUAAAGCAUUCCUUUCUUUAAUUUUGUAAUUCUUUACUGUGGAAAAGCUCAGAAUAUCACCACUGUUUUAGUUGACAGUGAGAAUUGAUAGCUGAGCAAAGAAACGUAAUUUGGAUUAUAAAAUUCUUGGUUUAAUAAAAAUUCCUUAAACACUGA